AUGUUAGGCGAAACUUGUGUAUCACCAUUUGAUUGCCACAAAGUCAAUUUUGCGACGUGUUCAGAAAAUAAAAAGUGCGAGUGUAUUGAAAAUUUUGUCGCAGAUGGUAAUUCAAAAUGCUUAUUAUCCCCGGUCAAUGAUGAUUGCAUGAAUGACGAUGAUUGCUUAGGUGAUUUAUCGUGUAUUAAUUCUCAAUGCAAAUGUCAAGUAAAUUUUCAAUUAACAGUCGAUAAUCAAUGUAUACAAAAUUUACUUAAGCAUUUCUGUCAAUCAGAUCGAGAUUGUGAUAAGGUGCGUCAUGCAAAAUGCUCGAACACUAACAAAUGCGUAUGUCGAUUGAAAAAUAUCCUAGUAAAUUCCACAAUCUGUAUGCCAAUGAUUGGCGCAUUUUGUUGGAAAGACGAACCUUGUGCUAUCGAAAAUUCUGCUUGCAUCAAUAGUACUUGUCAAUGCAAACCAGGGUUUAAGUAUUUUUCCGAAAACGAUGUUUGUUUGAACGGGAUGUCUUGUAAAGACCAUCAAGACUGCAGAAGUCUACAUUAUACCGAGUGUUCAUCAUUCCAUAAGUGUGUUUGUUUAUUAACAGCAAAGAAAGUCAAUGUUACAACAUGUCUGUCGAGACUGAAUAAUUAUUGCGCGCAUGAUAAGGACUGUGCCGAUCCUCAUUCAGUUUGCAUUGCUAAUAAAUGUGAAUGCAGGCUGAAUUAUAUUAGUAUCGAUGAUAAUAAAUGUGAAUUAAUCACACUAGGAAAAAACUGUAAAGGUGAUUCAGACUGUCAAAACUCAUUUAGUGAAAGAUGUUCCGCGGAUGAAAUUUGCGUUUGUAAACCACAUCAUGUUGCCGUAAACGAGUCGGUCUGUUGA